GGAAUAUUAGUUAUUAUCCAGUAAGCAGACAUUUCGGAACUCAUCUAAAAAUUUAAGUGCAUGUACCUUCAAAUUGGCAACUAGGUUAUAAAAUUAGUUAAGUCUCAGAAUUAUUAAGAAUGGCAUAUCGUUUAGUUACCGGAAGCUCUUCAGUACGUGGACUCAUGAAGUCGAUGCCAAAGAUAAAUUGCAAUAAACGUGGUUCAAUUCGGCAUAGCUCCGUAUUUGCGGAACCACCUGUGCCCUGGUUGGAGAAGCCGAGUGUUGUGUUCUCAAGCGGUGCUUUAAAACAUCACUGGGGGGCAUUACCACUGAUAUUUUUUAGUACAAUUGGCUUUACUAUAGAAUGUCUUUACCUCAUACGCCUGGCAGUGACCCGCGAUGAUGUGUGGUUCACAAAAAACCCUGCUGCAUGUGAAUAUGUUGAGACGCGUCAGGGUUAUAAGGUGCCCGUACGCAAGGUUUUUGUAUUUAAUCAGAAAUACGAGAAUCCUCCUGGGCUAGUAAAUGCUUUACAAGGUGAUGUCAAUGGACCACCGUGCGACACUUGUGAGAAAGAAGAGAAAAAGAAAGGAGUUAGCGGCAAAGUAUUGGCCGCCCAUGGAGCUUUGGGUAUUGGCAUUUUAGGCAUGCUGGUAGCUUUUUAGCCAUUUGCAGAGAAAUUAGCGUUAUGUGACGACUCCCGUUCCCUUAACUAAUUAAAUAAGCAUUUUGUGGGUACAUCAUUUACAGGCGAAGACGACAAGAAAAAUAAAAAGACCAAGAAAUAGUUUACCAUUAGCCGUGAAUGCAAAAUGUUUGAAUGGGAUGCUACGAGUGGAGCAUAUUUUGGGAGUAGUGCUAGUCCACGCUCGAGAGCACAAUGCACACGACUCUUAUUCGGGCUUAGAUGAUGUACUAUAAUUGGAUGAAAAUUCACUUUGCAAUAUAUAUAUACCAAUUUUAGAAAAACAAUGUUUUUCUUGGAACAAGUUUAAAGC